CCAAGCAAGGUUUUCAAGUUCGGUUUUCGCUUGCUGCAGUUUUAUUGAUGUGCUGUCUGGAAUCCUCACGCUGAAAACUUGUUCAACAUGGCGUCUCAAUACCAAGAAAUUGACAGAUGUCCAUGCAGACAUUGUGGCAGACAGUUUGUUCCAGAGUCAUUGGCAGUCCAUGAACGGAUCUGUGCUAAAAGUGCUCAGAAGAAAAGGAAAGUGUUUGAUUCAACAAAACAGAGGGUUCAAGGCACCGAACUCAACUUACGUCAAGUGAAACAAGCACAGAAGAAGGAUGUGCCCCCUUCCCGAUCCAACUGGCGUGCUCAGCAUGAAGAUUUUAUGAACACAGUGAAAGCUGCUAGAGGAGUGACUGUUGCCAUGAAGGAGGGAAGGCCCUUACCUCCUCCUCCUCCACCAUCUAUCAACCCAGAUUACGUGCAAUGUCCUCACUGCCAACGUCGUUUCAAUACUAAAGCUGCUGAACGUCACAUACCAUUCUGUAAGGAAAAGAGUCAGCGUAUCAACAGGGCUCAACCAAGUGCUGCUGCCAAAGCUAAGCAGGCUGCACGUUUACAGUACCAAGCUCCUCGUCCUAAGGUGAAAGGCAGUCCUGGUGGGUUAUCCUCUGGUGUUGCACCUUCCAGUCAUGCUCCUGGAGGGCAGUCCAUGGUCCUUAGUUCAGCUGCUGCCAAACCUGGCAACCGAGGCUUGGGAAGGUCUGUGGCAAGCAAGGGACGAAGUAGCAAGGGAGGAUGGUAGGUUUUCCAGGGAUAAGCGAAUUGCAGCUGUGCACAUCAUGAAGAACCAGAAUUCCAUGCAUUGGAACCAGUAUCAUCUGUACACAUUAGAAUCGACAAAGAAGUGUGUGUACUUUAUAAAAGGCCCAACUAUGUGUGUGUGUGUGUAUAUAUGUAUUGCUUCAUUUGCUUCAGGGGGAUAAGCAUUACAUAUAAAUGAAAAUGGAGUCAAAAUAUUUGUGCUGAAAUAAAAUACAUUAUAAAUAA